GGACGUCGAUUCGAUUAUUCUCUCUGUUUCAAGAAGGAAAGAGUUUUAAUUAUUGUUGAAGAUAGCGUAAAGAUUCUCCUGCUCUUUCUGUGUUAUAUUUUCUAGCCUUUUACUUGAACUGGUUUUUUAUUGUUUUCCUUUUCUUUCACUUAGAUUCCUUCAAUAACUUCUUCCGCCUAUUCUUAUUCCUUUUCUUUCAGUUAGAUUCUCUCUGUUAUAUUGUGUUAGCAAUUCUUGUUAUCAAGACAUUUUUAUUCUUCACUUUGAUCUGUAUAUUUUGUUGGUUUAGAGACUGAGAAACGGAUAAUAUAUGGAGGGCAGCACAGGAAAAGGUUUGGAUGUGAGGGAGAACGGUGCCAAUUGUUCAGACGAGGCUGUUGUUAUUCCAUCUUGUUGUCUGAAAGCUAAGGCAUCUGAUCCUGAAGUUGAUGCCAUAUGCCAUUCGACGGUUGUUUCUGGAUGGUUCUCUGAACAUCAAUCAUCCUCUGAUGCAAAUUUGACGGAAGUGUAUUUCAACAACCCCAUGUGGCCAGGAGAAGCACACUCCCUGAAAGUGGAAAAAGUUUUGUUCAAGGAAAAGUCAAAGUACCAAGAAGUUAUGGUUUUCCAGUCCUCAGCAUAUGGGAAAGUGCUUGUGCUUGAUGGCAUUGUUCAAUUAACUGAGAAAGACGAAUGCGCAUAUCAGGAGAUGAUAACCCAUCUCCCCCUUUGUUCAAUUCAGUCUCCGACAAAUGUUUUGGUGGUAGGCGGUGGUGACGGUGGAGUUCUUCGGGAAAUUUGUCGUCACAGCUCUGUAAAGCUGAUUGAUAUUUGCGAAAUAGAUCAAAUGGUCAUAGACGUAAGCAAGAAAUUUUUUCCAGAGUUAGCUAUGGGUUUUGAGGAUCCUCGUGUGCACCUUCAUGUUGGUGAUGCUAUUGAUUUUCUACGGCAUGCACCUCAAGGGAAGUACGAUGCAGUUAUCGUUGAUUCAUCGGACCCUGUUGGUCCUGCUCAGGAGUUAGUGGAGAGGCCAUUUUUCGAGAGCAUUGCGAGAGCAUUAAGGCCAGGUGGUGUUCUUUGUAACAUGGCAGAAAGUAUGUGGCUUCAUACUCAUCUUAUUCAAGAUAUGGUUUCUUUGUGCCGCCAAAUAUUCAAAGGUUCUGUUCGUUAUGCGUGGGCUAGUGUCCCUACAUAUCCCAGUGGUGUUAUAGGAUUUGUGUUAUGCUCAACAGAGGGGUUUCCGUCUGUUGAUUUCUUGCACCCUAUCAAUCCUAUCGAAAAUUUAGAGGACGCACUUCAUUACAGAAGGGAACUUAUGUUUUACAACUCUGAGAUUCAUAAGGCUGCCUUUGCAUUGCCAUCUUUCGUGAAGAACGAGGUGGAAUCUCUUCGUGAUUGUUAAAUAGUAGCCCGUUUAUAGACUAGUUUUUACUCUUUUGUCGAUUUUAUAUAAUUAAUUAUUGGAGGAUCUGAUUUUAAUUGCCUCACUAUUCCAUGUUGGUUGUUCUGUAAUUUGGAUAUUGGACUCGGUUACGGUUUGUGAUCUGCGAACGAGUAUAUUUUAUAUAUUUAGAAAUCGUUUGUUUCAUCAACUA